AUGAGUACUUUUAACAGUUACAGCCAAUCAAGGGAGGGUAGAGAUGGUAGUAGUAAUAAUGCCAUUAAGAAUAAGUCGUUGCUAGAGAUAAUAUUCGGCACUAAUAUUUCUGAAUGGACCUUUUCUGAGAACGCCUUGAUAAAGGCUAUGGAUUUGAAGAUAGAACAAGAAAAGACAAAGCAGCAAUACUAUAAACUUGAAAACUUGAAUCGUUCGAUAGAGUUGUUUAAGCUUGCUUCCACUUCGGGUCUGCCCGUAAAUCAAAUACAUAAACUAUUCAACACUGACCACGGCGCAUCAGCACCUUCACCUACGAAGCCAGAGGGCAAACAACCGGAUAACAGCAUAGAAUGUGCGCGAUCUUCGGAACAACUUCCCAGGAUUAAUGGCAAUAGCAGUUCUUUAAGGCCCUUGAACAUGAACACAGUAUCGCCAACGCCAAUGAGUCGACAGGCUUCCCCAUAUAAAUUUCCAGCACCACCUUCUGCCAACGGCUUUCAACACUCCACCGCAACAAACGCUCAACGAAGAGCUAAUUCUCCUGCAAGAAUAGGCGCAUCCGCUGUGGCUGCGUUGAAUGAAAAUAUUUCCAUAAAGGAGGAAGACGUUGAUAAGCUGAUUCCUUCAGGUGCAAAAUCACAGGAAUCUCCUCUAAACAAGAAACCAGUUUCACUUCAUAGCCGUAACUUGUCUCUUCCAAUAGGCAAGUUCACCAAUCCCAAUAUUCCUUCAACAAUGACAUCCAUACUUAGUUUCAACAGAGACCAGCAGCCACAACCCCCGUCACAACCACCUCCACAACAGCAACACCAAGACCUCCACAUGCACAAUUUGCAUCCUAUACCAAAGAAACCCGGAAUGGUUCAAAAAAAGCACAAGCGCGCAAGAUCCACGUCCUCCUUUGGCGUGAUUGACUUGAGCAUUAUCGAUGAAGUCAAGGAAAAGCACCCACAAGAGUCACCAUCCCCCAUACGCUCCAACACGGUGGUGGCGCUCUCCUCACAAGAUCAACUAACUGAAUCCGAUACAAAGGCACGCCCCCCCAUACCGCAACCACUCCGCGAAGAACGCCAACUGCACGAUGAAUUGGAUGACAGAACGUGUAGUGAAAGCAGUAGUAGAAACGAAAGUCCUGUGAGAACCAUCACAAAAGACAAUUCUGUGGGUAAGAUCCUGAACAGUACUUAA